UUAUUUUUAUGAUACAUUUCAUAUUUUUAUAUUUACAUAGACCCUAAAACUGUGUCUUACUAUAGAAUUUAGAUCUAUUUUGUUUUCGAACUUUGCAAUAUCAACCUCUAAUGAAACGUAUAAAAAAAAUGCCGUUGAACUAAAUAAAUGACGUUAAAAAAUUAUUAACCCUUUACGGGCUAAUGACCAUAAGCGACAGGAAACAAGUUAUUAUGCCAACACACAAAACAUCAAUAUAAAACCAAUAGCUUCUUACUAUCGCGUCGAGGCUAAAAAAUCCCAUUUAGUUAAAGAGCAUAGUUAUAAAAAAUGUAUAAACUUUUAUUUAAAUUAUAGUCGUACCACGAAAAAAAACAGUAAACACCUAUCAAGCAGAAAUUUAUAUAAAUAAUAUUUUGAUCGAUAAGUUGUCAUACUCAACCAGCUAUGUAAAUUCGCAUAAAUUCACAUAGGCUAGCCUGCCAAAUAUUUCUACAUUAUACUUCAUGACGAUCGAUGUGUAAAACCAAUCACUAAGAAGCAUAUAAGUUUAAACACUGCGUCAAAAACAGUACAUCGUUUAGUAAGCUGCACUAUCAAACUUCAAAAGUUUUUUCGACAGUAUUCAAUUUACGCGUCUAUAUACACGGUCGUACAAUGAAGUUCAAUGGCUUGUGUCUUUUAUCCGUUUUGCUAGUUACUUCUUUGAAUAUCGUUUCGGGACAUAAAUGUCCUGAAUUUGAGCCUAAGGUUGGUUUCGAAAUGGAAAAGUUUCAAGGAUUAUGGUACGCCAUUAGAACGAAUUUACCAUUUACUCGAUGCCUAGCGUAUGAUUUUUACCCACGGAAAGUCAAAGCAUUUAAACCUAUUACCAAUUACCAAAAAUAUUAUGGAGCAUUGGAAGCCAAUGCAAAUUCACCAUCAGAAAUGACUUUUACUGAUAGUACACAGGAUUAUUCAAAUCCUGAAGUGAAGAAACCGUAUUUUGUUGUGAUAGACACUGACUAUGAACACUAUGCGAGUGUAUUCAUUUGUAUAAAAAGGCCAGAUGGCAAUGGCUACAUACAUAAUGUGUCCAUUUUAUCCAGAUCAGUGUCCAUGGACUCUAAACUCCUAAAUGAAUUGACCGUAAAUAUAGCUACGGCAGGUAUUCGAAAACUCACUUUGGUUAACCACGAGGACUGUAACCAUAGCAGUCUCGUUGAAAAUAGUGAUGAUCAGAAUCCCAUUGACGACGAUGACGAUCGACGACCUUACGUUUCUAUCAAAUGGAUUGAACCUACACCAUAGGGAGGCAUUUAAGUUGAUUAAAUACGAAUAAAUCUGAAAGAUUUAUAGUUCGACAAUGUAAAGCUAACCCUUAUUAAAAUUAUAAUGUUUAAUGUAAUCUAUAUAAAAUGUUAUACCAACCUAAUCUAUAAAAAAUGUUAUCAUAAUACCUUUUACUAUUGUUUAUAAUUUAUAUUUACUUCAAAAUCAACGAUAACUACAAACAUUUAAAAUUCUUAGGUCUUUUUGUUUAAUUGAAGAUCUUUUGCUUGGUACAAAUGUAUUUAUUAUGCUUGUUAAAUAAAAAUAA